AUGGUGUGGGAAGGGAGAGAGAGUUGUCUUGAGUUCAAUUUGAGCAAAUACACCAAGGAACAAGUGAAAUUGCUGAAUAUUAUACAUGGGCUGACGAAAAGUUCAUACAUCAAAGAUUUAGGGGAGAAAGAACAGAUUGAUACUUUAAUUUGUGACAGUUCUAUUAUUGAUGUUCCUGUUGAUUUUAAUGUGCAAAAUGCUGCUGAUAAGAUUGAAAGUAUCAUCAGGAAUUAUUCAAACAUGAAAAUAGUUAUUAGCAUGGAUACUUUUGGAAUGGAAGAUUUGCUAUUUGAAAUAGCCUGUCGAGGAUACUCUGUAUACACUGGGUGUUCCAGAAAUGCUUUUUUGAGAAUCCAAAAUGCUGAUUCAUAUUUUACAACUUCUAGAGAUGCUGUUUUAAGAGUUGUCAAUAAAGCAUUUUGUGUGAACAUCGAUGAUUGUUACAGGCGUUAUAUGAAUAAAAACAUAAUAACAAUAAUACCAUCAGCAAUGUAUUCUGUUAAAGAAAUGUUGGACUUGAGAAAAGUUGGUGUACACAUUGUUAACUAUGAAGAUCGGUCAACUGCACAAGCUUUGUAACAUUUGAUCAAAUUGGUUAAACCGAUUCGUCU